AUGCAGUUUAUGUAUGCGGAUGACCUACAUAGUCACCUCAGACAGGGGGAAAUGAUGAGGAAGGUCGUGAAGUAUGUUAGAAGAGGAGGAUGCAAUAGAGUUUUGGUAAUGCCGAAUACAGUGCCGGAGAUUACGCAGUGUUUUCAAGCGAUGGAGUACAGAAAGGAGUUAAUGAAUUUGGAGCCAAAAGUGGACUAUUUAAUGACACUGUACCUGUCGGACAAAGUAUCCGCAGAUGAUUUGAGAAAUAACGCUAAAAGUUCUCACGUGCAAGGAGUAAAAUGUUACCCAGCAAACGUAACGACAAACUCAAACAUGGGAUUCAACACGCUGGAGACAUACUACCCACUGUUUAGAGAGAUGGAAAGGUUGAAUUUGUCCCUGCACAUACACGGAGAAUCACCAGGGUGCUCACCACUGGUGGCAGAAAAGGAGUUUCUAACAAGCAUAGAAAACGUGUGUAGGUCGUUCCCAGCGCUGAAGGUGGUGAUGGAGCACGUGAGCAUGAAGCAGUCGCUGGAGCUGGUGAAGAGAACGCACAAUUUGGGAGCAACCGUGACUCCGCAUCACAUGCUACUCACAGUAUCGGACGUGCUGGAGACCACGGAAAGCAUAACGCUGGAGAACGUGGUGAGCCAUGUGAAGGACCCGUUCGCAUAUUGUAAGCCGUUGGCAAAGCGUGAGGAGGACAGGCAGGCAAUUCUGGAGUUAGUUAGGGCGGGGCACCCGAGGCUGUUCCUGGGAUCUGAUUCAGCACCGCACACGAUGGAGAGUAAGAGGUCGCCAAAUCCGCCGGCAGGAGUGUACACACAGCCGUUUCUACUGCAGUAUUUGAGCGACACGUUUGAGAGCAAGGGCUUCCUGGACAAGCUGGAGAGUUUCUGUUGCAAAAACGGACAGGACUUCUUGGGACUGCCGCCAAAAGGUAACAAUGGAAGACAAACAGUGACUGUAGAGCCCGAGUACUUCGAGCUGGUCAAGCAGGAGUUCACAGUCCCCGAGGAGGUUGAGGGAGUGAGGCCGUUCCUGGCAGGAAGGACACUAAAUUACAGAAUCGUACAAUAA